AUGGCCUACCGGGACCAAGACUAUCGCCGGUCCGCCGUCGAGUUUGACGACACCAUCCGCACACGCACCGUCACCCGCAGCCCCGCGCCUCCCACCCCGCGCUCCCGCCGCGGCGACUUCGAGGAGUUUGACGUGCGCAUCCGCGAGCGAGAUGGCGAUCUGCCCGACUUCCUGAGGUCGUCGCGGAGGCCCGAGGCCGGGCCCAUGGUGCUGCGUCAGCGUGAUGCCGACCCCUACGACCGCCCUCCGCGCGAGCCCAGCCCGAUCCGCUUCCGCGAGGAGCGCAUCGUCCGCCGGGCCCAGAGCGUCUCGCCCUCAGAGCCCGAGCACGAGCGCGAGCGCACCCGCAUCGUCGAGAAGAUCCGCAGCCCGUCCGUCGCCCGCCGCAGGUCGCCCUCGCCCCGCGCCGUCGACUCCCGCGGCCGCAUGGGCGAGGCCUGGGGCGGCGCCACCAAGGCCUGGACCAUUGUCGACGUGCCUCCGGGCACUGAGCGGAUACGCAUGGACGGCAUUGGCGGCGCAACCACCGAAACCAGCUUCUCCAAGUACAGCGGCGUGCGGAGGACCAAGUUCAUUCCGGAGAGGGAGAGGGACCGAGACGACAUGUCCAACCGCGCGCCCUCGCCGCCUCCCGUCAGGGGCGAGCGUGUCAGCGUCUCCGUCCUCGACCGUGACCGCGAGAUUGAAAUCGACCGCAGGAUCGGCCGUUCUCCCGGUCCCGCCCAGCCCAAGGAGAUGUGGACCGAGAUUACCAAGGACCUGGUUAUCCGCGAGGCCAUUGAGGAGCUUGGCUAUGAGUACGAGGAGACGGACAUGUUCUUCUACAUUAUGGACUAUUUGAAAUAUGAUGAUGUUCUUCAGUUGACUGAGCUCUCUGAUGACAUUCGACGAUCUAAGCGACAGCGAGCGCGCGAGAGCAUCCGCUUCGAAUUCGACCGCGAGCGUGACUACUACGAAGAUGACCGACGGAGCUACGACAGGCGCGCGGCUCCUCGGCGGGACGACCGCGGCGAGCGUAUCCGAGAGACGGAGAUUAUCUACGACCGUGAGCGCGACCGCGCCCCUCCCACUCGCUAUCGUUGA